GAAUGGAAGCGUCUGUUCGAUGCUAAAUGCGUUUUAAUAAGCAUCUUAAUGUUUUAAUAAUCUUAACGUGGCAGAGGAGUGGACGUCACGUAUGUGUGUGCGUAAGUUACGCACUAACGUUCCCAAUGAUGAAAAUGUAUAAAGAGCCUUCGCCUUAGUACGAUUCGAGACCGCGAAUGGCAAAUGGCGCAGUGCGCCUGAGCGAGAAAGACAGGAAGUGGCGGCUGAAGAAGGUCCGCACCUUUUCCGGUAACACCGAGAGCAGCAGCAGCGCGAGCGGGAUUGAGAGCGACCGGAGGGGAAAGAGGGGCGAGAACCGACCCGGGGUGAGAGAGAGAAGGGCUGCUGUUAUAUGAAGGCAGAUCAGAGGGGAGAGUCAUGAUCCGCUGACCUGUGAAGAUUCCCACACAGAGAGCCUGAAGUGAACAUCGGAAGUCUCAGACAGAUUAAACACGAGAGGAAAGUCGGAACUGACGUGAAGGCCUGUUUUAGAUCUACACGGCUUCAGUUUCAAACAAGUACACACCCUUAAAACCUUGUUUUGGGGACGAGAAGUUCUAUUUUGACGGAUUUUGAAGGUUUUUCUCACUAUACACCCUCACACAAGUCAACUUGCCUUCAUAGUGGUUUCCCUCGUGCUCAUACUGUAUCAGAGUCAUCUAAAGUGACUCAUUGGUUAUGCAUACUACAGCGGGAUUUUUAACUGGUGCUUGUCAAAGUCUAAAGAGCAACGACGGUUCAAUUUGAGACGUGAAUUUUGCAGCAAUAUUUUGUGACCGCCUUUCAAAGUCAAGUCGCUUAUUUCUUGUCAAAGACACGAGGCCAGACACCCCUGUUAUUUUUUUCUUUGCAACAAACGUAAUAUAUGCACAGCCAACAAGAUGGGCAAGAUGCUUUCCAAGAUCUUUGGCAACAAGGAGAUGAGAAUAUUGAUGCUUGGACUUGACGCUGCCGGCAAGACGACCAUCCUGUACAAACUCAAACUGGGACAGUCCGUUACCACCAUUCCCACGGUCGGCUUCAACGUGGAGACCGUCACCUACAAGAACGUCAAGUUCAACGUUUGGGACGUCGGUGGUCAGGACAAGAUCCGUCCUCUUUGGCGGCACUACUACACCGGCACCCAGGGACUGAUCUUUGUAGUGGACUGUGCGGAUAGAGAUCGCAUAGAUGAGGCCAGGCAGGAGCUGCAUCGCAUCAUCAACGACCGUGAAAUGAGGGACGCCAUCAUUCUGAUCUUCGCCAAUAAGCAAGACCUGCCGGACGCAAUGAAACCACACGAGAUCCAGGAGAAGCUCGGCCUGACCCGGAUCAGAGAUAGAAAUUGGUACGUUCAGCCGUCCUGCGCUACGACAGGCGAUGGACUCUACGAAGGGCUCACGUGGCUCACGUCCAAUUACAAAUCCUAAUGCAUCCACAGAAAAGCAAUUAACAAUAACUUUGGCUUCAGGUCUUUGUGUUAAGGUUGAUUUUAAUGUCUGAUUUCAUUGAAAUGUAACAACUUUACUUUCGUACGCUUAUUUUGGCACGCAUUUAUGUUCCUCUUUAUUGUCGUUCUGUUUCAGUCUUCAUACAAAAUCAUUUUCUUCAUCAGUGUUUUGUCUUAAUUUAUUGUAGCUCAUCAGCAGCAAUUCUUUUCAUCGUUUAAGCGUUAUGAUAAACGUUGUUUAAUUACGACAUAAAACAUUAUUUGCCAUUAUAAGAUAAAUAGACUCUUUAUAUUGUUUAUUUUCUUCUGUACUGAAAAGACAAAAUACUCGUGAAGAAAAUGUUUUGUAAAUUAUGAUUUUCCUCCUUUGAAUCUAGAUGAAGAUUUAACAUUCAGCCCUUAAGAUAACACGCAAAACUUUUCUUUCAUUUAUCUGAAGAUCCAAACACAGAAAUGGCAGCUUGUUUGUUUACCUCUGUGCCAUCACAUAUAAAGAAUGUAUGAAGCAUUUAAAUAAAUAAGUCCAAGCUAAAGUUCCUCAUAAAGAUUUGAUUGUUUUUCACGAAGAAACUGUACCUGAAGGGUGUUAUACAUUACAACAAAGUAUUGAUGUUGCUUUGGCCUUUUCUUGAGUGAGAUGCACCACAAAACGAUGUACACCGCUGAUCUGAUUUAAAUCCUGGAGAUGUUUUGAGGUUCAUUUUGUGUACAAGAACGAGGACCCUUUGAAUUUAAUAUAUAUAUACUUAAGUUUUGGAUCCUCACCUCGGUCCAUCUCUGUUAUCUAUCUGAUACCUGUUCUCCUUCAACCAUCAUUCUCCUAAAAAUGCUUUGUUUCAAUAUUUUGACUUAUUUGUUAUGCCCAAGACAUAAUAAAAUCUCUCUAUAUAAAUCUA